ACACAGUGAAAAAUGAAAACAUUAAUGUUAUGCCGCAAACACUGGUUGAAAUUGAAUAUUGUAACAUCUGCAAUUCGAAGCCACAGUGUCUAGAGCUCGCAAGCAUCAUUCGUGAGCGAAUACCAGAUGCGGAAGUCGUUUGCCGUUCCGGAAGACGGGGCUCGUUUGAAGUGCAGAUAAACGAUACAUUGGUGCACUCGAAGCUUAGCUCGCUCGCUUUCCCAGACUAUGAGCAGGUUGUGAAAAACGUUCAGAACGCCAAAGAAGGUCGUCCAGUGCAUACUGUUGCCCAGCAACCAAUCACCGAUUGCGUAGUACAGUAAUACGAUAUGCAAUAGCACUGAAGCAACGACAAUGCAUUAAAUGCAUGUACCUACCAGAUAGUAAGGUAGAAAUUGUUACCGUUAGUUGAAUUUUUACAAUAAAUUAAAUAUUUACUGAUA